AUGGGGGCUACAAUUAGCACCCCACCUGCCCCCUCCCUGCCUUCUUCCUCCCCCUUCUUCCUCCAUCUCCUUCCUCCUACACCAUCAAUCACAUCAUUCACUCACCACUACACCCACCGCCACACCCACCGCUACAGAAUUCCCGAGGAGGAAAUUCCCGCCGAGGAGGCCGCCUACGCGGACUACCUCCAGAUUGUGGCCUUAACGGCCUUGUAUCUCCUCGCAAUCUCCGAGGAGAAGGACGGAGCCGCCGCUGAAGCCGACGCCGCCGACGAGCAGCAGAUGGAGAUCGACGAAGAGGACACUGAGGGGGACGAGAUAGACAUUGACGAGGACGAAGAUGAGGGAUAUUAG